ACUACUGAUUGUCAAUGAGUCUAUCUCGAAUUGUUUUGAGGUUAUGUUUUAAAAAUAAUUCACUUUAAAUUUUCAAUAUAGCACUGUGUCUUUUGUAUUCACUAACUUGAACUGAUCGUCGGUUGAUGAGCUAUAAUAUCAGCGAUAAAUCCGGUAGUGAAGAACACUUUUACUCACUUUUACAUUAAAAGAACAGGAGCGCAAAUUUAUUGAUGUUGACGUAUUUGUUUUAAAAACCGGAACCGAAAAUUAGAAUAUUCUUUUGAAACUUAAACUUCAAUUUUUAUACAUUUACCUGAGUUCUUGAAAGAAAUCAUAGUGAUCAAUACAUUUCAGUGGAAUAUCCAUAUUUAUGUUUAAGCUCAAUGGCCUGACUUAUUUAUUAAGUUAUUCGUUCAUUAUGUUUUACAGAUGAAAAAACAGAGACUUCAGCUUGAUCCCCAAGAUGUUAUUAACAGAGAAAGGCAAAAAGAUAUUAGAGAAACUAAAAGACUUCAAUCGCAAAUGGAUGAACAGAGAAAAAAAAAUUUUCUUCAAGCUAACGAAGAUGAAGAUAAAAUCAUCAAGAAAUUAGAAAAACAAUUAGGACUUAACAAGUGCAAAAACAAAAAGAACUUUUUUGCUGAUGAUGGGUUAGACUAUUUGUUAGAGAUAUGUGAGAGGGCCACCAGUGAGCAAAUUGUUGCAGCAGAAAAGCAUUUAGCGGAUGUUGAUGGGGAAUCCGAAUUUGAGGAAGAUUUGGCUCUAGUUACAGGAAAAGAAGAUAGUAAAAAGAAAUCUCAAGAUCAAAAAAAUAAACAGUCUGAUGAUGAUAUGGAUGAAACAGGCACUGAGGAUGAUUUGGAUAAUGUCAGCAGUGACGAUAUGAAUAAUGACGACCCUGAAGAAAGUGAUUAUGAAGAUGAUUUCAGUGAGAUAGAUGGAAUAUCAAAUACAGAAGACACUAAUCAUGAUGAACCUGAAGAACCACCUGCAAAAUCCAAAAGAAAACAAAUGUCUAAUUAUGAAUUAAAUAAAAAAAAUGGUAAUAAAGGCACAGUAAUUAUGGAAGAAGAUUUGUGUAAAGUAUUUAGUGAUGAUGAAGUGUCACACUUAUCUGGUGAUGAUAAUGAAGAUGAGGAACAUUUAUCUGAUGGUUUUGAAACAGAAAUAAAGAAGAAAGAAGAAGGAAAAAAACCUGAUUUUUGGGAAGAUAUUUAUGGAAGGAAACGGGAUAAAGAAGGAAAUGUAAUCAAGGAAGACAAAGGUACUUAUGUUCCUCCACAUUUAAGGAAUAAGGUUUCUGAUACAGAUAAAGACUUGACACAAUUGAAACGACAGAUCAAAAGUGUACUGAAUAAAUUGGCUGGUACCAACUUACACUGGUCAUGUACAAGUAUCGAAAACCUGUAUUGUAGUAAUAGCCGUAAUGCAGUGAAUAGUACCUUGUCCCAGGUGUGGACUGAAGCGACUAUAGGAAUUGCACAUACUCCGCACAGAUUGCUUUCAGAGCACGCCGCACUAAUCGCAGUAUUGCAUGCCAACAUCGCUACAGAGAUUGGUGCCCAUUUUUUGUUAGAACUGACCAAAAAGUUUGAUGAAAUGAUGCAAAUUCCACAGCCAAUGGAAGACAAGAGAUUAGAUAAUCUUGUGUGUUGUUUGGCACAUCUGUACAGUUUUAAGAUCUAUAACGCGUCGUUAUUAUAUGAUAUACUGGGUCGCCUCCUUGAAGAUCUGUCUGAGAAGAAUAUAGAGUGUGUGGUGGGUGUAUUACGUACUGUGGGCGGAGUGUUGCGGAAAGAUGAACCUCUCGCUCUCAAAACGUUCAUACAAGAUACCCAAGCGAAAAUAGCUGCACUCAACAGAUCUGCUUCGGAUGGGUCGCGUAUAAAAUUCCUUCUGGAAGUACUGAUGGCCGUCAAGAAUAACAACUUGACCAAGAUACCCAACUAUGACCCCACGUACGGUGAACACCUUAGGAAACAAAUAAAAAGUGUCAUACGAAGAGGGAAUUACAUCACGCCGCUGCAUAUACGAUUAGACGACUUGUUGAAAGCGGAUGAGCGAGGGAAAUGGUGGGUAGUGGGCUCAGCGUGGGAGGGGAACAGACCCACGCAGGUUACCGCGCCCGCCACCCUCCUUCCCACCACCGACUCCAAGCUGCUGGAGCUGGCUCGUAAGCAGAGAAUGAAUACGGAUGUCAGGAGAAGUAUCUUCUGUGCCAUCAUGACCGCCGAGGAUUAUAUGGACGCGUUCGAGAAGCUACAACACUUGGGUCUUCGUGGUCAUCAAGAGAAGGAGAUAGUUCAUGUGUUACUCGCUUGCUGUCUCCAGGAGCGUACAUACAACCCUUACUACGCUGUGCUGGGGCAGAAACUGUGCGACACAGAUAGGAAAUAUCAGCUAUCCAUACAAUAUUCGACAUGGGAUAAGAUCAAGGAUCUGGAGUCGUUGCCUAAACACAGCGCCGCCAACCUGGCGCAGUUCUUGGUGCAUCUUAUUCUCGCGAAGGGACUGCCACUCUCAAUACUGAAGGUGAUCCAAUUCUCCGAUCUGAACAAGCAUACAGUCAAGUUCAUGCGCCGAAUUCUCCUUGCCAUAAUCCUGAAUGUGGAUCUUCAAGCGUCCUUAGAGGUAUUUCACCGGGUCUCCAAACCGCCCAAACUGCACAUGUUCAGAGAAAGUGUAAGGCUGUUUGUACAACAUUUCCUACUGAAGAACGUCGGCAAAACUAAUGUACUGAAUGAUCAAGAGAUGGCGCUGUUGAAAGAACGAGCUCUCGACGUUGAUAAGAUUCUUACUAUGCACGAAUCUAAGUUGAGAUUAUAAUAAAUAAUUUUAAAUGUU